ACCACCUAUUUUUAUAAUAGUCGAAAAUGAAUCCUUAAUAUGUUAUAAUUAUUUUUAGUAGUAUACAUUUGAAACACCCUGUAUACAUGUUUAAUACACUCCCUUCUGCUUAAGCUCGCAGAUGUUUAAAUAAUUUUAUAAGAACUCAUUUAACAAAAAAAAAAUCCACACUUCAGACAUUCGGGCGUUUGUCAUUCGAUGUUCAAAAUAGUCGUAGAUGAAUACAUGUGAUGUUGAUAUAAUUUUUUUUGAGUCGUUUAAGUUAAUUUUGCUAUUAUGGCUACUUCGUGUUUUUUGUGUGUAUUCUUGAUUUGUAUAGCUGUAUCCCACGGUUAUCAUUCUAAUAUUGGUUUUAAGUCAAAGAAUGGUUCAAUGUUAAAUAAAAGUACAAAUGAUAUUGGUACAUCCUCAGCAAUCUCCAAUACAGAAUUUUUCGAUAAGGAAAAAAAAAUAAUUGCACAUAAAAAUGAAAUGACCAAAGAAUGUGUUUUAAAAUUAGUGGAUGAUCAAACAAACAUUUUAAAUUUUAAAAACAAUUAUGACCAAAAUAUGGAAUUAACAGAAGAUGAAAUGGUUGAAAUUAUUGGUGAAAAUUUAAGAAACUUUUGCAAAGAUAAAAUCAUUAUUUUAAAUAACUUCGACAAUAAUCGUUUUAGUAGAUCAAAACGUUCAACAGAAAAGAAACGAUAUCAAGGUCAAACCCAAACUCAAUUUGUUAGUUUUGGUUCAAAAAAUUCUAAUCAAGAAACAAAAAAUGGAUUGGCUGAAGCUUUGUCACAACCUGAUUUAUCAAGGGCAACAGUCAGUGGUUUGAAUGGUAUGGGACAAGCUCAAAGUCAGUCAAGCUUUGGGGAAUGUGAUGAAUGCCCUGGACAGGAUUAUAGAACGCAUUCCACACAAGUGGACAAUUCUCAUCUGGUACGUUUUCCAUCUCUUCGACCUACAAAUUCUGUUCCUCAAAAUGAAAAUUCAAGACCAUAUAGUAUAUCGAAUACAAAUAGGCAGGCACCAGGCUUACAAAAUGAAGAAAAUCAAAGAGAACAUUCUAUCAACGGUCAAUACCCAGAUACAUAUCCAGGUUCAGGAACAAACAUUAAAUUACCGGGUAAUCAAGAUCAUGGAUAUGGUGUUAGGCCUUUAGUCGAUGGUCAAUAUCGAGGAUCAGGAACAAACAAUAAAUUACCAGGAAACCAAUAUCAAGGAUAUGGUAUAACUCCGUCUAUCGAUGGUCAAUAUACAAGUUCGGGAACAAACAAUAAAUUACCGGGUAACCAAAAUCAAGGAUAUGGUAUCAAUCCGUCUAUCGUCGGUCAAUAUCCGGGAUUAGGAACAAACAAUAAUUUACCGGGAAAUCGAGAUAAUGGAUAUGGAAACGAACCGUAUUCUUAUGGUCAAUAUCCAGAUAAAAACCAAGGUUCGGAUUCAAAAAAUACAACAGAACUGGGUAAUAUAGACUCGGGACGUGUAUAUAGUUCUGCAAACGAACAGAAUCCAAAUUUAGCUAAUACGAAUUCACCUGAAUUCAAAAAAAACGUAAACAAUGAUGCUGUUAACCCAAACACAUAUUCCAUUAAUUCUAGUCCAUUUAAUCCCAGUAGCUGGGAAUAUGCAAAUAAAAUCGAUAGUAACAAUCCUAAUUUAGAUCAGCAAAUAAAUCAGUCAGGCUUUCCCAAUAUUCCUUCUGGGUUAGGUCAUGGAAUAUUGACUCCACAUAACACACCUAAUUCAGAAUGGACGCGUCCUAGUUACAAUCCACAAGUUCCAGUAACAACUUCAAUAGGACAUCAAAAUAAACCAGCAAAUUAUCCACCUAUUUUUAUACCUAACCAUCAACAACAAAUGCCAAAUGUUUUAGGUCAAUUAACACCAAGUAUGCCUAUUUCAAGUGAUGCGAACUCACAAAACGAGCAAAGGAUUAAAAACGAAGCUGCUGGAACUAUACACAAUGGAUAUCCGUUGUCUUCAAAUAUACACGGAGGCCAAGAUUAUACCACACUAAAUUUACCUUCGCUAUGCAAUUUCUUAUACCAGACAUGUCUUAAUGCAAUGUCGAAUAAUAAAAAACUAAAUGAAUUUCAAAUAACUAAUUCACAAAAUAACGAAAGAAUUCCUAACGAGGGAAAACAAGUUGGUAUUACACAGGUACCUAUAACCCAACAGCAAGGUUACCCUUUAUACGGCGGAGGAAAUAAUCAAAAUCAAAUACAGCCUAGUUAUGGUCUACCUCAAGAUACAUUAGGAUCGGGCGUGCCUUAUGUACAACAUCCUGGAUACACACCAUCAGGUGUAAAUUUAAAUCCAAUUCAAACUAGCUAUGGCCAACCUCAAAGUACAUUAGGCUCUGGAGGAUCUGGUUAUCAGCAACCUGGAUACGCUUCGUCGGGUGGAAAUAUAAAUCAAAUUCAACCUAGUUAUGGCCAGUCUCAAGGUGCAUUGGGAACAGGAGGUUCUGGUGUUCAGCAACCUGGAUAUAUCCCAUCAGGUGGAAAUAUAAAUCAAAUUCAACCAAGUUAUGGUCAUAGUCAAGGCACAUUAGGCUCUGGAGGGACUGGUUAUCAGCAACCUGGAUACGCUUCAUCGGGUGGAAAUAUCAAUUCAAUUCAACCUAGUUAUAGCCAGCCUCAGGGUACAUUAGGCUCCGGAGGGUCUGGUUAUCAGCAACCUGGAUACGCUUCAUCGGGUGGAAAUAUAAAUCAAUUUCAACCUAGUUUUGGCCAGCCGCAUGGUACAUUAGGCUCUGGAGGGUCUGGUUAUCAGCAACCUGGAUACGCUUCAUCGGGUGGAAAUAUAAAUCAAAAUCAAAUUCAACCUAGUUAUGGCCAGUCUCAUGGUACAUUAGGCUCUGGAGGGAUUGGUUAUCAGCAACCUGGAUACGCUUCAUCGGGUGGAAAUCUAAAUCCAAUUCAACCUAGUUAUGGCCAACCUCAAAGUACGUUAAGCUCUGGAGGGUCUGGUGUUCAGCAAUCUGGAAAUGUUCCAUCAGGUGGAAAUAUAAAUCAAAUUCAACCUCAAGGGACAUUAGGCUCUGGGGGGACUGGUGUCCAGCAACCUGGAUACGCUUCAUCGGGUAGAAAUAUAAAUCAAAUUCAACCUCAAGGGACAUUAGGCUCCGGAGGGUCUGGUGUUCAGCAAUCUGGAAAUGUUCCAUCUGGUGUAAAUAUAAAUCAAAUUCAACCUAGUUAUGGCCAGCCUCAUGGUACUUUGUACUCUGGAGGGACUGGUGUCCAGCAACCUGGAUACGCUUCAUCGGGUGAAAAUCUAAAUCCAAUUCAACCUAGUUAUGGCCAACCUCAUGGUACAUUAGGCUCUGGAGGGUCUGGUGUUCAGCAAUCUGGAAAUGUUCCAUCUGGUGUAAAUAUAAAUCAAAUUCAACCUACGUAUGGCCAACCUCAAGGUACGUUAGGCUCUGGAGGGUCUGGUGUUCAGCAAUCUGGAAAUGUUCCAUCAGGUGGAAAUCUAAAUCCAAUUCAACCUAGUUAUAGCCAGCCUCAUGGUACUUUGUACUCUGGAGGGACUGGUGUCCAGCAACCUGGAUACGCUUCAUCGGGUGGAAAUCUAAAUCCAAUUCAACCUAGUUAUGGCCAACCUCAUGGUACAUUAGGCUCUGGAGGGUCUGGUGUUCAGCAAUCUGGAAAUGUUCCAUCAGGUGGAAAUAUAAAUCAAAUUCAACCUCAAGGGAUAUUAGGCUCUGGAGGUACUGGUGUCCAGCAACCUGGAUACGCUUCAUCGGGUGGAAAUCUAAAUCCAAUUCAACCUAGUUAUGGCCAACCUCAAGGUACGUUAGGCUCUGGAGGGUCUGGUGUUCAGCAAUCUGGAAAUGUUCCAUCAGGUGGAAAUAUAAAUCAAAUUCAACCUCAAGGGACAUUAGGUUCCGGAGGGUCUGGUUAUCAGCAACCUGGAUACGCUUCAUCGGGUGGAAAUCUAAAUCAAAUUCAACCUAGUUAUGGCCAGCCUCAUGGUACAUUAGGCACAGGAGGGACUAGUGUCCAGCAACCUGGAUACGCUUCAUCGGGCGGAAAUCUAAAUCCAAUUCAACCUAGUUAUGGCCAACCUCAAGGUACAUUAGGCUCUGGAGGGUCUGGUGUUCAGCAAUCUGGAAAUGUUCCAUCUGGUGUAAAUAUAAAUCAAAUUCAACCUAGUUAUGGCCAGCCUCAUGGUACUUUGUACUCUGGAGGGACUGGUGUCCAGCAACCUGGAUACGCUUCAUCGGGUGGAAAUCUAAAUCCAAUUCAACCUAGUUAUGGCCAACCUCAUGGUACAUUAGGCUCUGGAGGGUCUGGUGUUCAGCAAUCGGGAAAUGUUCCAUCUGGUGUAAAUAUAAAUCAAAUUCAACCUACGUAUGGCCAACCUCAAGGUACGUUAGGCUCUGGAGGGUCUGGUGUUCAGCAAUCUGGAAAUGUUCCAUCUGGUGUAAAUAUAAAUCAAAUUCAACCUAGUUAUGGCCAACCUCAAGGUACGUUAGGCUCUGGAGGGUCUGGUGUUCAGCAAUCUGGAAUUGGUCCAUCUGGUGUAAAUAUAAAUCAAAUUCAACCUACGUAUGGCCAACCUCAAGGUACGUUAGGCUCUGAUGUUCAGCAAUCUGGAAAUGUUCCAUCUGGUGUAAAUAUAAAUCCAAUUCAACCUAGUUAUGGCCAACCUCAAGGUACGUUAGGCUCUGGAGGGUCUGGUGUUCAACAAUCUGGAAAUGUUCCAUCUGGUGUAAAUAUAAAUCAAAUGCAACCUAAUUAUGAUCAACCUCAAGAUACAUUAGGUUCUGGUGGGACUGGUGUCCAGCAACCUGGAUAUAAUUUACCACCUGGAGAACCUAAUCGAAAUCGUCUUUCAAGUGUUCAAUCACCUUUAGAUGGAAAAAGAGUACCUCAAAGUUAUCCUGGAUCGUAUGGUGAUAACAGUUUUAGAGGUCCAUCUCUUAAGCCAGAAUCAGAUAUAGGAAAUAUUAAUCCAUCACUAAACCCAAUAAUCGGUGGUCAGUUUGGAACAGAUAUAUCAUCUGGAGGUUCUGUGACUCCUAUUGACACUGAAGGAGGAGAUGCACAAUCAAUGACUAAUGUAGAUGUUGAUGGCCAAGAAACUAGAGCAUCGGCUUCAGCUCAAGGAAAGUCCAAAACAGGUAUGAGCCAGACUCAAGUAUCUGGUUCAUAUUUAGGAACAGGAACUUUUUCUGCUCAAGCUCAAACAAGUGAUAGCGAUAAAGGAGCUCAAAGCCAAAUUGUAAGUAAUACAAAUGGUACAACAAGUACAGCUCAAGGAAAAGGUGGAAGGGGACAAGCACAAUCCCAAGUUCUUUAUAAUUCAGAUAAUGGCAUUGCCUUAGGUGAAGCACAAAGCUCAGGAAUUAAUUAUGGAACAAACACUCAAUUGCAAGCUGGUAUAAAAGGGGGAGUGGCAGAUGCACAAUCAACUGGCCCAGGAAGUACUUCCAGCCAGGCUCAAAUAGGUUUCUUACCACAAGAGUCCAACAACAGCACUAAUCAAAAGUCAUUAUUUAAAGGUAGCGGUGCAACUUCAGCUCAAGCUGGAUCAUAUAGUGGUCAAUCGCAAAGUCAACUGUUUGGGUCAUAUAAGCAUGGUAUUUCAUACAACGGUGCUGCUCAAGCAAGCAGUGGUAAAAAACUUCAAAACUUACCAAAAUUAAAUAUGGCUGAUGCCAAGUUAAAAAUUGGGCAACUUGAAAGAUCUUAUAAUGAAGUUAAAAAUCAAACUAAUGCACUCCCGAACGUACAGCCUAUUCCAAAUGUAUUAAGAUCUCAAAAUCAAGUGGACAAUUCCAAUGUUGAUAACCAAAAACAGCAAAAUAUAUCUUCAACACAGACUCCAUCUAUUUUACCACAAGAAUCGUCUAAAAAUAUCGAUGUUUAUCCUGAAUACGAAGAUAAUGAUGAGUAUGAUGAAGAUAGUGAUGAAUCUGUAAAUACAAAAUCAGUACAAACAAAAAAAGAAACAAUCCCAAAGCAAGAGCAAAAUAUUAUUUUAAAAUUAGAUGACAAACAUGAUGCCCAAAUUACUCGUGAUUCUGAUAGUCAGCUGAAAUCUGGACAAGUAUUAGAUGCUGGUCAAGUUAUACCAGGGACUAACGGAACUAAAAUACCAAAUGGAUUUAGAGGGAGGGUAGCUUCAGUAGCUGGAGACCAUACCGAAGCUAAAGCAAUUCCGGGAGGUCAAGCUCAAACUCAAACUGUAUUCUUAACACCCGGAGUAGGUAGUUUAACUGUGGUAGACAAAACAAAAUUAAGAGCGCAGUUAAAUAAAGAAUCAUAUGUUAAGCCAAUUAAAAGUUUCAAAACUGAAAUUAAUGGAGGAAUAGGCAAAUUUCAACCAGAUGAAAAGAAUGUUCAGUAUUUUACUAAAUCAUCAACUUGUGGUUACUUUUCAUUUUCGUGUAACUAUGUAAAUGGAGCAAAAGAUGGGCCUAAAAUAUGUAAGCCAAAUCCACCACCUUUCCCAUGCCAGAGAACUAAUAAUUAAUGAUUAUAACAAAUAUUAGAAUAAUAUUUUUUUUUUAUAAAACAAUUAUUUAUAUUUUAGUUAAGUUAAUUGAGUACAAAAUUGUAUACUAAUUAAACCUAACUUUGUACUAUGAAAUAUAGUAGUUCUAUUAGA